UGGUGUGGCCAAGGCUCAUGCGGCCACAGAAAGCCCACAGGACAGCUCCCGGCUGCACUGCAAGCAUCUGUCCCACCAUCCCCAGCUCAGAGCAAAGCAGAUACCUGAAGCAGACGCUGCUCCCCAAAAGCAUCACCCCAGAAGAUGCUGGGGCAGGCACCAUGGGCAAGGCUGUCUCCUUCUGGCCCUGCCGUCCUGCUGCUGGCACUCUGUGGCAGCAUGACCUCCCAGGACAUCUGCAGCUUCCCAGGUACUCGUGAGUCCUUCCCUCCCAGACCCAGGGCACUUGGAAGCCCAACCACUGUGAGCUCUGCCCUAUGGCAGUCUUUCACUGCUGUGUCUCCUCCAGGGGAUCUCCUGGCUCCUGCUCUCCAAAUGAACUCAACUUCUGCUCAGCCAGGUACCACAGUUGUGCUCCAGUGUAUUCUCCAUGUGGUGUCACGUGUAAGACAAGUCAUUUUCUGCAAGGAUGGGAUGGAGGUGUACAGUCUGAAAGCCCAGCAAGGGCAGCUGAGAUACUCCGUGGUCCUGAACAUCACGUCAAGGAGCGCAGGAAGAUAUACAUGUGGGUACCAGCAGAGGAAUGACAUGAAAUACAUGAGGAGCUCUGCCCUCAGUGCUGGCCGCAUCCUGAAUGUCCCUGGUGCAGCUGCUGGCGUGAGCACCCAGGGCAUCUGCAGCUCCCCAGGCAAUGUGGCCAGCACCCCAGAAAGGCCAUCAUCCCCAGGUAGCAGCCCCUCACACAAGGCCCAGCUCCCUUCCAGAGGGUCAGCCAUGCCCCUGGAGGUCUGGAUCCUGCGCUCUGCCCUCAGCCUGCUCCUGCUGCUGUCUGCCCCCAUCAUCACCCUCCUCCUGGAGAGAUGCAGCCACAGUGCCAACAGGUCCAGGCAGCCUGGAGACGUCCCUGUCCCCAUGGUGCUCUGAUGUUCCCCUGGGAUACAUGCUGUCCCCAGCCUGCUCCCCCAUGCUCAGAGCAUGACCCACAACGUGGCCAGGCUCCCGCUGCCAUUGGGUUCAAGGCAGCUGGGGCAGCAUGCCCAAGGGAAAAGCGACUGCUCUCUCCCCCAUCAAGGAUUGUCACUGCAUCGUGCACCCUUCUGGCUGUGUUCAACCCCAACACCCACGUGGCUUUGCUCCCUGUCCACAGAAUCACAUCUCCAUCGCGGGAUCCUCCUCUACAUACCAGAAUGGGUUGGUGUCACGGCUGCACCCCCAGGUAGCCAUGCUCUGCAGCUCCUGCAUCACUCCAGCACCUCCCUGUGCCCAACGUGCCGACCGCAAUGGGCACAUCCCCAGAUAGUUAUGGUGCCCUGUAUGGAGGCACCUUGAUGGGUAUUGGUCCUGUGGGAGGCGAGUUAUAAAGGAUUGGUUCAGAAUGCACCAGCUGAUGUUGCUGCUCUGUAUUUGAAGGGAAGACAGUGAGCAGAGAUGGGAGAGCUCCUCUUUGACUGCUGUGUGGGGCCAUGUGUCUUGCAAGGGAGCUCCUGUUCUCUGUGCCCUGCCACCCAGGAGUUCCCCUACCUGCUGACAUUGCCCUGGCAGAUGUGUCAUGGAAAACUGCCUGAGAUCUGAGAAUUGCUGACACCAUGUAGAGGUCCACGGGGUGGCCAUGCCUGGCACUCUGCACCUCAUGCCCACAAAUCCCUAUGCUGGAUCUUCUGUCUCUCAAUGCGCCAUCCCCAGGAGACAACCCUGAGCAGGGACAUUGUGCAUGGGGGCAUCCAGCUGUGGGGCAGGUGGGGACGGGGUCUCAGCAUGGCUGGCCCCCACACCCACAGACCAUCCCCAGCAUUGCACUAUGGAGUUUUAGCCAUCCCACACCAAUACCAAGAAGGAGCCAAGGUGUCCCUUCUCUGCAGCUCCCAGUGUUGACAUCUGGGGCCUUGGUGUGCAGUGGGGGACUCUGGGAUAAGAUGGGUUCAGGCAGGAGAGGAGCUGCUCAGCUGGGAGGCACGAGGAUGCAGGACUGCACGGAGGGAAUAUGGGAUAGGAAAAUGGGUUCAAAAUUCAGCAAGAGCUGCUUGGAGGCAGAGCUGGAGGGAAUGUGGGUUUCAGGCUCCUUCCUGCAAGCACAGUCCCUCACCUCCCAUGCCCUCAUCAAAGCACUUGUCCCACAGCUUCCUUCAGGCCCAUGCAUGCAUGCUUCACAGCACAAGCCUCCAGGAUACUCUUCCUCAAAGGGAAUAUACAGAUUUGAGUGGACGGAGCUACUCCCUCUUUCUCAUACAGCCUCCAACCCUCCCUGGUGAGCGAAUCGCACUGUGGUGUCAGCUGCAAACUUUCUGAGGGUAGCUCUUGUUCCUAACAGUUACAGCCUUUUUGCCUUCUUUGUGGUUGAUUUAGCACUGCUAUAGAUGUGACUGGAGUGUCCCUGUGAAUGGCCUAUGAGGACUGUUUUAUCAACACGUCAAGUGUCAAUAAAGAGCUAUUUGUAUUU